AUCACACAAAAGUGCGCAGAUUAAGCCCUGCUGCCCACGUCCACUUUAGUUCCGCUUGCUAAGUACUUGAUUUAAUAAGUUAAUAGGCAAUGCUUGGUGUAAUCCUGUUAACAUUCUGCCAUUUAAAAAAACAUAUGGGAUAACAGUUUAAAAAAUAAUUUCCAUAUUGGUACGAAAGUAUUCAGACCGUAAGAGUGCUUGUCAUGCGGGGUGGACUGUGUUUUUAAUUGACACUGGUAGCAAUGCAUCGUUUUUCGAUUCUACUGCUUCUUUCACCACUGCUUCUCAACACAACAUUUGGUGCUAAUAUUACAAAAGACUGUCCAUCUUUAAGCCAAUUUAAAAAUGGUGAAGUGGAACAACUCUCAGCCUUCAAAAGAAAAUUGUCAUGUAACAAAGGUUAUACUUUGUAUGGUCCGCAAUACAUAUACUGCACAGAUCGAGGCGUGUGGAUACCGGAAGUACCUUCUUGUAUAAAGAGUGGUUGCCCUAACCUCCCAAUAAAUCAAAAUGUCCGAGUCUCUGAAGGAAAACAGAAAGGAAGUAUCAAAAGUUUUUCCUGCAAUCCAACCUUUAUUUUGUCUGGUGCUGACCGAGUCCUGUGUGAUGGGACACGAUGGAGUGGCGUAGGACCAAACUGUGUGAAAUAUGAUACCUUGACACGCAAUUUCACUUGUGAUUUCGAGGACAAGGGGUUCUGUAGCUGGAUUCAGGAUAUCAAUGAUGACUUUGAUUGGACAAGAUGGUCCGGAAAAACAUUAAGUGACGGAACUGGACCUUCAUCUGAUCAUACAGGAAACCCCAAUGGUCACUAUAUCUACAUUGAGACAACAGACAUGCUUCGUAAUUCAAAAGCUGUUUUGAUGUCCCCUACUUUCCCGCCAUUAAAGAGCAUAAACACGUGUGUGGAAUUUUGGUAUCAUAGUUUUGGAAGAAACGCUGGCGCACUCCGUGUCCAUUUAAAACCAACAUCUACCAAAGGGAAGCCACUGGUUAUAUUCGACCGUGAUGGGUUGAAUAAUGAUACAUGGUUUCGAGGUUUUGCUGAAAUACGAGCACAGCAAUAUACCUAUAAUAUUCUGUUUGAGGCAACGGUUGGAGGAGCUUUUGGAGAUAUUGCUUUGGACGAUAUCAAUAUCUACAAUUGUAAAGUACCAACACGUCCUCCAGUGAAAGGUGUUAAGCCGACGCCAAGGAAACCGCCAACAUUAACAAGAAAAACCCAGUCAAAAGGACAGUUACCAACAACAAAGCCAACCACAACAAAGCUAACUACAGCAAAGCCAACAACAGCAGUGCCGAUAACAGCAGAGCCAACAACAGCAGAGCCGACAACAGCAGAGCCAACAACAGCAGAGCCAACAACAGCAGAGCCAACAACAGCAGAGCCAACAACAGAAGAGCCAACAACAGCUGAGCCAGCACAAACAUCGGCGUCGUCUACAGAAACUGCAACUUUGGAGAUUGCUUCGACUGACGGUAUAAUAGCACUCUCUUUGCCCACAGUAACAGCCAUUAAUAAUAUUACUACCCCACCCAUGGUAACAGAAAGAACAACAAAAGACACAUCAAUGGUCAGUGCAAUGAAGGAAGAUUUCUCUAGUUUUGUAGGGUCCGGUGAUGAUACUGUUACUGAAAGACCAGAACCUACAUACAUUGGGACCACUGGCCCAGAUGAGAACCCCUCGUCUGAUAACACUCCUGUUCCGACUAUAGACAUUUUAAGAUUUACUACUGAGAAUACUAAUAGUGAGGAUUCUAAUACUAUAGACAUUUUAAGAUUUACUACUGAGAAUACUAAUAGUGAGGAUUCUAAUACUAUUGUUGAUAAUAUUAAAAUCAGCAAUACCAAUGAUAACGAGGCCCCUAGAACUAAGUCGAAGGAAAAACCCGGACGCCAUCCUGCGUACGUAGCCGGCCUGAUUGGAUCUGUAUUAGCAGUGAUAAUAGCUGUUAUUAUAUUGGUUAUAGGCAUUAGAAAGUGGAACAGAAAGAGACAAAGCUCUUCUGCCGUUAAAGAGGUGAACGAGAAUGAGCUGAACGAGAUACUUGUCAACGAUAGUAAGCCAGAUAUCUCGCCACCACCAGAGAAUCCUUCCGAUAAGGGAAAUGUCGAAACGACGCUUAAAGCAGAUCUAGAAGCCACAAACAAUCCUAAGCCAGACACCUCGCCACCACCAGAGAAUCCUUUCGACAAGGAGAGUGUCGAAAAAGAAGAAGCCACUAGCAAGAGCGAUAAGGACGUAAAUAAUGGCAGCAAAGAAAUGCAAAGGAUCGAUAACCGGGAGGACGAUAAUGCCAAGAAAACUUUGGACGCAAAUACCAACGAAGAAUUUAAAACGAACUCUAAUGAAAUUGUAACCGAUAACAUAACACCAGACACUGAAGCCAAGAUAAUUGAUUCAGCCACUAUCAGCGCAAACGUGGAAGCUUUAUUAUCAUCAGGAUCAAAAGAUAAUAGAGAUAAAGAAAGUGAUCAAGAAAAUAAAGUGGAGGAAAAGACUGGGUUAACGUCAACAACUGAUGGAAAUGUCGAGGACAAAAAAGACGAGAAAAAAAUAGAUAAAACUGACUCGAAAAAUACCGAAGAUAAAAUUCCACUACUCGAAACUCAGAAAAAAUCCAAUGAUCAUAAAUUUUUAAUGUUCAAAAAACUAUUCCGAAAGGAAGACGCAAAGUCUGCGAAAAAUAAAAAUCCAGAUUCAGAAACAGCAGGAACUUCAAAAGAACAAGAGCAAAAAGAUGAAACCGCUAAUACAAUUAGUGAACGUGUCAGUAGACAGCAGAGCAAUGAUGUUGAAAAUGUUGCCGUACAAAAAGCUGAGGGGCUUAACGCGGUGCUUCACAAAGCUGAGGAACAAAACGAUAAAUUGGCAAGUGUUGAAGGGCAAGACUUUCAGUUGCCCAAAGCUGAUGGCCAAAACGUCGAAAUGCCAAAAGAAGAGGGGCAGCAUGUUGAGUCGUCAAAAUCUGAGAUAGUUACAGACAAUGCACAAAAGGCUCCAACGGACAAAAAAGCGAAUGAAAAACAUUUGAAGAAACUAAAGAAAGAACGUGAGAAUGAAGAGAAGAGAAGAAAGAAAGAAGAAAAGAAAAAGAAAAAGGAAGAAAGUAAAUCGAAAAAAGAUAAAACUAAGAAAGACGUUUCGAAAGCAAAGGAUGAGAUUGGAGAAAUGAAAGAUGUUUCGAAAGCAAAGGAUGAGAUUGGAGAAAUGAAAGAUGUUUCGAAAGCAAAGGAUGAGAUAAGAGAAUUGCAGACAAAAUCUUUAGAAGAUAAAAACAUCGAAACAAAGGAUGCUGAUGGAAACGCACUCACAGCACAAACUAACAUCGGAUUAGAAGAUCAGUGCGUUGAAAUCCAAAAGGAAGAGAAGACUGACAGGGAGGCGGCCUCUUCAAUAACUUUAGGCAAAAAUGAUCAACUCUUUGGUAUAACUACUAAUCUUUUUGACUUAAUCAACGACUCCAAAGAUCCGCUGAUACCAGAAAUUACAAACCAAGAUGACAACCAGACUCCUUCUGAGGCAGACAUGACUUUAACCGUCAAUGAUACAAUAGUCGUACGCUUUUGAUUUGGCAUUUCAAAAAUUGUGCAAAGAGAGCACUUGAUAUUAAAAAAAAACCACUUGAUCAUGUGAUGGAUAAAACAAGAUCAGCUUUUCUGGAAGCUUAUGAUUUUCACACCAGACCAACUCCUUUGGAGAAAUUGUGUGAAUGGAAAGUCUAAGUUGUUCAUAGUGUGCCUUGAUUGAUAUUUUCAAUGCUAAGACGACUAUGCACUGACAUUUCUUAAUAGAACUUUAUUGUUCAAUUUAGUUUUAUAAAAUGUAAUUUAAUUAUUUCUUUGUCAAUACAUUUUGAUUUUUUUCACCAAA